CAAGUGUAAGAGGCAGCUUCCUUCUCUCCCUCUUUUCGAAUUGACUCGCUCUUCAUUCUCAAUUCCUUCUUCUCUAUAAAUCUAUUCUUCAUUCUCUCUUUUCAUUCAACAUCUUUUGCAGGUUUCCUUUCAACCCUUUUUCUCAAUCUCUCUCUUUUUUCUCCUUCUCAAAUCCCUCAGAUAUGACUACUGAUGAGAAUGCUAACGGUGAUAAGAAUCGAGCUCCGAGGUUGAAUGAAAGGAUUCUUUCUUCUUUGUCUAGAAGAUCGGUUGCUGCUCAUCCUUGGCAUGAUCUUGAGAUUGGACCUGAUGCUCCCAAGAUUUUCAACUGUGUUGUUGAGAUUACAAAGGGAAGCAAAGUCAAAUAUGAACUUGACAAGAAGACGGGGCUGAUCAAGGUUGAUCGGAUUUUGUAUUCAUCAGUGGUCUAUCCUCAUAACUAUGGCUUCAUCCCCCGUACGCUGUGUGAGGACAAUGAUCCUAUGGAUGUUCUUGUACUUAUGCAGGAACCAGUUCUUCCUGGCUGUUUUCUCCGAGCCAAGGCCAUUGGACUUAUGCCCAUGAUUGACCAGGGAGAGAAGGAUGAUAAAAUCAUUGCAGUUUGUGCUGAUGAUCCAGAAUACAAACAUUACACCGACAUCAAAGAGCUUCCCCCUCACCGUCUCUCUGAGAUUCGCCGCUUCUUCGAAGACUAUAAAAAGAACGAAAACAAGGAGGUGGCAGUUAAUGAAUUCUUGCCUUCAGGCGUUGCUCUUGAAGCUAUACAGUACUCAAUGGAUCUUUAUGCUGAGUACAUUCUGCACACCCUGAGGCGAUAGAUCAAUGCCAUUUUUACCCCGACCCAGCACCUUAAUAAAAAGGCGUCGUAACCAUUAUUAUAAUUUCAAACAAAUAUGUUCUUGUUGUAAUUUGGGACUCUGCUAUUCUUUUUUGUUUUGUUUUGUUUAGAUUAAUCUCAUGUUGAGGUCUAAGCUGUUUAUUAUUAUUAUUAUUAUUAUUUUGUUUUCCUUCAUGAAUUUGAUCAAUACAUUGACUGAAUACUCCA